AUGGAUGACUUUGACUUUAUUGAAAAUCUAGCCGCGAUAGAAGCAUUAGACAUUAUAGAAGAAGAAGAUGCUGCCGAAUACCAUAGACAAAUAUAUACUAAUGAAAACCCUUUUGAAGAAUUUUCCGAAAAUAAAUUUAUCAUGACGUAUCGACUAUCAAAAGAUUUAAUGAAAUGGGUCAUUAAUAUGGUGUCUCCUUACAUGGAACCUCCAGCAACAUCAAGAGGUCUAACAAUUGAAAGAAAAGUAUUGACUGCUAUUCGAUUUUUUGCGUCAGGAAGCUAUCAAAACGAUAUAGGUUUAAGUAGGUACUCAGCAUUAAGUCAGGCUUCAGUCAGCAAUUGCAUCACAGAAGUUACAUCAGCUCUGAAUAAUCGCCAACUUUUUGACCAGUUUGUCUACUUUCCAAGAAGUUUGGAUGAAUUGAAUGCAGUGCGAAGAGGAUUCAAUGAAAAAUUUGGUUUUCAAGGCGUGGUUGGAGUUGUUGAUUGCACUCACAUUGCGAUUUUCCCUCCACCGAUAAAUGAUGAGUUAUAUCCCGAACAUAUUUAUGUUAAUAGGAAAGGAUACCAUUCAAUCAACACUCAACUCAUAUGUGACGUUAAUCUACGAAUUUUAAACGUCUGUGCCAAAUAUCCAGGAUCCAGUCACGAUUCUCACAUAUGGAAUCAAAGCAAUGUCAAGCAAUUGAUGGAAACCUUACAUAGGAAUGGCCAUUCUUCAUAUAUGCUAUUAGGGGACUCAGGUUACGCAUUGAGACCGUGGAUGAUGACUCCAUUUUUGAGACCCGAACCCAAUACACCAGAAGCAGCUUACAACGAUUCUUUUUGUAAAGUUAGGUCAAUUAUUGAACGUUGUAACGGUGUAUUGAAAAUGAGAUUUAGAUGUUUGCUGAAACAUCGUGUUCUACAUUAUCAUCCACAUAAAGCCGCUUCAAUAAUUAACAGUUGUGUUUUACUACACAACUUGUGUAUUAACGAAAAUAUACCGCUUAUUGAUGAAUUUGAAGACGAUUAUGAUUUGGGAUUUAUUGAACAAAAUAAUGCGAACAUUGAUAAUAUAAAUAAUAGACAAAAUCCUGAAUUUAUAGCAGGCCGCCGUGUUAGACAACAAAUAGUUGAACGAUUUUAUACAUAA